CGCGGGCCGCCACGUCGACCGCACGCAGCGCGGGCCAUGGUCGCGCGAACCGAUGAGAGCAUGUUCGGGUGCUACGGUGACAGCUACUCGUACCGCCUGUGGAGCCUGGCCAACGUGUGGGGCGCUUGCCGAUGUGAGUAACGCGGCCCUGCCCCGUGCGACCUCGGACCUGGACUCUCGUGAGGAAUCUCGUGUGUAGUACGACGUAGAUGCGAUCUCGCGGUGCCUCGCGAAGUGCGUGCGACAGCGCGGUCAGUGCCAGUACUCGGUGUGCGUAGCCGACGAGGCGACUAGCUCGAUGAAAGUGCACAGCUCGCUUAUGGGAGUGAGUUGGUACAAUAGCUUGGCGGCCGGUUGGCUCCCGGACAUGCGGAGCAAGCAGGUCCCCAUCUCCACCACCUCCGCCAGGCGGCAUGCGGCCGAGAUCCGUCCUCUGGCGGGUGCGGGCGGCGGCGAGGGCAAGCCGGCGGAAGAGGAGGAGGAGCGCGGCGGCUCCCCGCUGGGCCCCGGCGGACCCUACGCCUGCAGCCAGUGCCGCGGCGCCUACCCCUCGCGCGAGCAGCUCGAGCGACACGAGACGCUGCACUCCCCCAACACUCAGGUGGAUACCGACAAAUAUACAUGCAAGAUCUGCCACAAGAGCUUCGCCAACGUGUACCGACUGCAGCGGCACAUGAUUAGCCACGACGAGAGCGCCCUGCUGAGGAAAUUCAAAUGCAACGAUUGUGAUAAAGCUUUUAAAUUUAAACAUCACUUGAAGGAGCACCUGCGAAUACACAGCGGUGAGAAGCCGUUUGAAUGUGCCAACUGCGGAAAGAAGUUUUCCCACUCUGGAUCUUAUUCCAGUCAUAUGACGUCCAAGAAGUGUUUGGUGAUGAAUUUAAAGAUGGGCCGCAUCAAGCCUAAUAAUCCGGCGCUGAACCCUGAUCGAAGCCCGUCAAGAAAACGACCGAGCAAUAUGAUGGCGUCGCAACUAAAUAAUAACAUUGCUCCUAACGGAAAUUCUUUCCUUCCUAUUUUACCAAAAUACAAUGAGACGGCUGCAUUUUUCGCAUCCAUGGCCUCCCAGGAGAACAACUUCCACCGGCCGGCGCUGGGCCAGCCCGGCCUGCACCCGUUCUACAUGCCGCCCGGCAUGCCGCUGAGUCCUUCAAGCGGAAUCACUCCUUACAGUUUCCCGGCUUCUCUUACUCAGUUUUUUGAGCAGUUGGCGUCCAGUCAAUAUCCUCAAAGGGAAAUAAAACAUUCGAUAAGUCCUAAAUUAUCAAGCCCGAGUCCACAUGACCCCGAGGACUUAAUCGAGGAAGUUACUGAGGAAGAUGAUAAAAGAUCAGAAGGAAGUGCCGAAUUAGUAAUGGAUAUUGAGGAUGAUGAAGCUGCCUCAAUUAAAAAAGAACAAGAUGAAAAUGGGAGUGAUCUUAGAUUACCCGUUCCAAAUUUUGAUUCCGUCCCUCUGAAUAACAAUGAAUCUAAACCAGAAGUCGACCAGACCGGUUUUAAGACCAUACUAGAAUCUGUUAGCGCAUCCGUGACCAAACAUUUUCUAAGGGCGAAUAUGCAAAAUAUGUCUCCAGUAAGUGGAAAUAUUUGUCCGAGCAGAGAAUCUCCGCCCGCACCACCACUCGCGAUCAAACAGGAACCGGAAGACGCUUUCUGUUGUACGAAAUGUAACACUUCGUUCAAUAAUAAAAGUGAUUUAUUAGAACAUGAAAAAGUCCUUUGUGGAAACCUUUUUAGAAAACACGAAGGAUUGGCAGCUCAAGUUGCUGAGACGGUGGCUUUAAAUAGAUUAGAAGCGGAAAUGAGAGCUUCCAUUCAAAGCGGAGUAAGUGCUAGUGAGGACGAAGACUUCAGCAAAGAAGAUCGCGAUGAUAAAGCAUCUAUCCAUGACACCGAUAGAAAAAUAAGAGUUCGUACCGCUAUCAGCGAGGAGCAACAAACAAUUCUAAAAGAGCACUAUUCCAUCAACCCAAGACCAAAUCGGGAUGAAUUUAAAAGAAUCGCUCAGCAGCUAGGUCUAGACAAUAGAGUAGUUCAAGUGUGGUUCCAGAAUAAUCGGGCAAGAGUACGGCGCAUGACGCAGACUUUAACAGUAUCUGACCAACCGCUGGACCUCUCCACGAAGAAGUCGAGCCAGUCGGUGACGUCGAGUCCGUCGCCGUCGCCGCCCUGCAGCGUGUCCAUUACACAUUCCGACUCUGAGGAGGCCGUUAAUCUUAGCCAGAAGUCUUCACGAAGUACGACGCCUCAUCGCAACAACUUCUUGACUACGUAUCCACAUUCCAAUUGCUCCUCGUCCUCCUACACAGACUUCCGGCAGUCACCCUCUCCUGGAGAACUUGGUGGACAAAAGCGCAUGUUGAAUCAUAAACUAAAUCCAAUCAUGCCGAUGGAGAAAUUGCUCCAGUACAACGACAUAGUCAAUGCUCGAUCGCCGAUUCUGAAUAUGCAUUUGUCAGCCGACAUGAAGCGGCAGAGUUCUAGUCCUCUGUACGACAGACAGCCGUGGUCGGACGACAUGCACGGUCCUAACGACUACGACGACGACGGGUCAGUACUUAAGAAAAUCAAGCUGAAGCAGGAAUACAAGGAGGGGGAGGGCCAGUUCGUGUGCGACCAAUGCGACAAGACCUUUGUGAAGCAGAGCUCGCUCGCUAGACACAAAUACGAGCACUCAGGUCAAAGACCCUACAAGUGCGUGGAGUGCCCGAAGGCGUUCAAGCACAAGCACCACCUCACGGAGCACAAGCGCCUGCACACCGGCGAGAAGCCCUUCCAGUGCUGCAAGUGCCUCAAGAAGUUCUCCCACUCCGGCUCCUACAGCCAGCACAUGAACCAUCGCUUCGCCAUCUGCAAGCCCUACAGGGACUAGGCCCAGGCCUGUCCCACUCGAGGCGAGUACAAGCUCUACACGGACGCCGUAUUUACCAAGCGUUGUUUGACAACUGAUUCAGCUGAGUUAUAAAUGUCUUGUCUUGAUCUAUACUAAAGUAUUGAACGCCCGGUAUUUUCGUUUCGAACUAUUAAAAUUAGGAUCGUUGCUAAUUUGCUCAACCAGUACUUUUUAUACAGUAGGAUAUUGUAAUUAAAUUCAUCGUGCCAAAUAUACAUCGACUAGUGCCAAAAAGCUAAAUAUUAUUGAGAUUAAGUUAUUGUUAUUUAUGCAUAAAAUAAAAUGAUUUAUUUACGACUACCAAAGGAUAUACCAAAGGCCGGUACCUGUAGCCAAUACUCAACUUAUUUUUAUAUAAUAUAGAUUAUUAAUUUCUUGUUUGUCAUCUGAUUUAUUAUGAAGAGUAUGAAAGUUUAGAUAAAACGUAAAAUGAUAUGCUUUUGCAACAGACAAUGCAAUACAAGCAGGGGGUCUAGAUGACAUAGAGGGGAUACACUAGAUGUUUAAGAUCCUAUUGUGAUGACAAUAUUGUAGAUUCAUAAAUUAAUCCUUUUAUUAAAUUUCUUUGCCUACAAUGCAUGGCUUGCACCAGAACAGUUAAUCAAAUUUAAAUCUAUUCCUCUCUUGCUUUGACAUUAUACUGUCAAAGAAAGAAAGCAAUAGAUUUAAAUAUGUUUGAAUAAUUGGUGCAAGUCACCCUAUGAAUAUAGCAAGCAUGAGGCUUUGGUCCACGGACAAAUGCGUAUUGACAUAUAAGUAACUGUUACUUAAAUAUCUAUUAAUCAGUAUUGCAUCUAAAGGCGAUGUUUCUCUUACCAUCAUUCAAAUAAUUACUACCUAUUCAAUGUUACGAAUAAUGCAAAUUAUAAGCUUGUGCGUAAAUGUUAAGUAUUUAGAUAGAAACAAUCUAAAUUAAGUUUAAUUAAAGCAUUCCAUAAUUUCUCCUAUGGGAUCUCUGCUGUGUUUAAAAUUCUUUCAAAUAGUCCAAAGUCUAUAGUUAUUAGUAAGCUGUAAAUAAUUAUGUAAAAAUAUUUUAAGGAUUUAUUUGUAAAUAAUAUGAUAGCUUGGUAAUGUUAACGAGUGUGAGUCGGGUGCGGGCGCCGCGACGCUCCGGUCCCAGCAGUCACGCCGUGGGACCACGUGUGUGACCGCGGGCACCGGGGGCGGCGGCACUGCUUCCUUCCGGACACAAUCAACAUGGUGACAAUAAUGAAAAUGCUGCUUAAGAAAUUCAAUAGGUGUAACUAUGUACUUCAAAUAAAAAUACCCAUAAUAACGAUACAAAUUUAGAAAAAAUAAGAACCCUAUUUAAAAACUACUCAAUUUACAGGCCUGCUCAUACAAAUACUGCUAUAAGAAAUUAUCUGUACUUAAUAUUUUGUAGCCAACUUCUGUAACCAUAAUUUUGUAAUGAAUAUUUUCAAAUUCAAUAUCCCUAAUCAUUAUUUAAAUUAUUUUCUAUAGCAAAAACUUUCCAGUAUGUAAGAACAAAGUUCCUAUGAAAUAUUACAUUUUAAGAUACACCUACCUACAGUUUAUUUUGAACCUACAGUUAUUAUAAUUAUAAUGUAAGUAGGAAAUUACCAAUUCAUAAAGGUUUCUAAGCAACGAAUAUUAGUAAAUAAUCCAACCUAUUUAAUAUUUCCAUCUUAUAAUCUUGCAAAAAUAUUUUGCAACCCAGUAUUGUAACUCUAUAAGUUAUUAAUAUUAUAGAGCAUAUUUCGCUAUAUUCCGGCUUCGAAACGUAAUUUAAACAGUAUUCUACAAAUUAUAUUGUAUUCUAAUGUUUCUGAAAACAAAAUUUUCAUACAAAAUCACAUAAUAAAAUAUUAUAUGAGUGAGUAUACAUAUAAUCAAGAUUAAAAUGAUGUAAGUAAGUGAUCUUCCUAUUAUUCUCUUCACUUGUGUUAUCAAGUUAUUGAACCUACAAGAUUGCAAAAUGUACUUAGUUUUUAGGUUCCUAUAACUAAAUGUUAACAUUUUAAUUUACCUACUUACAUCAUGGUUGUUCUAAAAAAAAUCAUUGAUAAAUUUACACAGCUACUUGUGUUUAAAGUAAAUCAUCAUUAUAUGGGAAUAUUUUUCUAAAUAAUAAUUUCCAUUCAAUAAGCGAGAAUAAUAGGAUUUAUUGUCUGUAGUACCUAAAUGUUUAGAUAUAAGAUUAUGAGUAAUUUCCAAAUGAAUUGAUCAUCUGGUGGGCUAGGUAAACCAAAGAUUAGUUAGUUUUAACAACAUGAUGAGGACAUUGUACAAUAUAAACUCCCAUCUAAGCUUUUAGAAUAAGUUCAAAGUUAUUAUAAUUUCUGUGCCAAAUUUAUGAAAGCAAAAUUUUACUAUUAAGUCUAAUGUGAUUUGGCAGUAUGUACUAUGGCAAAGUUUAGUUACUAGUGCAAUAUAAAUAUUGCAGAGAAUAGGUAUUUCUUCCCUUUAGGUAUGUUUAAUUUUAUGUAUUAAUAAACGCCAAUGUGAAUUCCUAUUGCCAUAUUUACUUUGUUGUAGGGUGUAAGUAUUUUGUACGUGAGAUUGAUGCCAAUGAUGUCACUUGUUAACAUAAGUACAUUACUCUAGUUUGUUAAACUUACGUAUAGAUUAACAUGUGUUAAAAUAUUACCUAUAUUAUAUAAAUUAUAGCUAUUCAUUUCACUUGAUUACAUAAUGUAUAUUGAAUUUAUGAAUAUUAAAAAUAUAUUAUAUAUAUUGAGGAUUCA